CUCCUCCCAGCCCCGUUUCUCCUCCUCCCUCCCCACCUAUCUCCCUGUCCAGUGCCAGUUAAGUGGAGCUGACUCCGCCUUCUUUCUGCGGGAAGCCAAUCAAGAGGUAAUGCGAAAUGGCAGCCUAUCAUCACGGACUGAGCCCUUCUUCCUCCACCAACUGGAACCGGCCAUCACCGAUCCACAAUCCCUGCCCAGCGUCAACUGCAGCUACGGAAACCUGAGCAUUGAGCAGUCAAUUCCUGUAGAGCUGCUUCAGGGCCCAUCCCCACAUCUGUUGCCAACAACCAACCAGGUGACACUGAACUGGAAGGUCAAAGGUCAAGUGGUGGUCCCCAAAGUUGGCUCAUCAAGGCCCUGGAUACAGGUAUUGUUUUAUCUGGUAGGGCGACGUUGGGAUGAGCCCGACCCGCCUCCUCCAACUCUCCUCCCAUGUGUUAGAGCCAUGGCCAUCCGUGACACCAGUGAAGCAGCACCCUCGGCGGGUUGCAGACUUGUGGGACCAUCUGGCAUCUGUGUUGUCCGUCUGGAGAUUCCCCCAGCUUGGUUUACACCACCGCAAGUGAGAAAAAGACCUCCUGAAGUGACUCUACCAUCAGUGGAUGUGUAUUACUCGAUAAUACCAAUGGAUGGGGCCGGUCAAGAGUGUCCCACCAUUGUUAAUGAGCCAUGGCGAGGUCAGAGUGCUAACACUGGGCCUCUUGGACUGGGCCUCGGAGGACAGUGGAGCCUCGUGGAGGAUGUGAGUCUUCAGGACAUGCUGAAAGCCGGCUCAGUCGUAAUGACCAUGGGCAUGGUUUCCGCCAAAGGAGAGAAAUUGAGACUGGAUGAAAACGUGGAGGUUCUGGUGCCACCAAGCCCGGUUCGGCUCGGCAAGACCGUAGCGUUUGGCGUCUACAUGAAAACUGGUUCAAACACGGAACAGUUUAUUUUGAGGGUGUGGUUCCAGUCAGGCAUUAACUUCCUGACUGUGAAACCCAGCGACCUCGUUGCGUGGGAGAUCAAACAGGAAAUGGCGCCGGGAAGCAGCUCGUUGGCGGUGAUGUGUCAGAGAAGGGCCUCCUCCACAGCAGAGAGAUUGGAAAGUCCAUCAUAUGAAGUGAUGCAGCUGGAGUUUGAGGUGGAUAAUGUUAUCAACUUGGUACCAACCCAGACAUUACACUGGAACGUCGAGUACCCUGGCAUGCAGACAACUUCCAGGCAAACAGAGAAAGUCUCGCACCUCUACAUCAGCAACGCAGACAUUCAGGGAAUUGUACCGCUGGCCGAGGACACAGAGUUGGUGAACACAGCCAUUCUCACAGGUCGGCGCGUCGCAAUGCCCAUCAAACUGGUUACCGUAGAAACCGACGGGCAGGUGAGGGAGGUGGACGACUCGGUCACCUGCAGCUCGACAGACGUGGACGUUCUCAAGGUUUCCGCCAACUGUGACCAGGUUUUGGUGAACGGUAAAGAAAUGCGCGGUCGGCAGUCGCUGGCGGUCAACUUUACCUACCUGCACCUGUCUGCUCAGCUGCAGCUCACCGUGUGGGUGCCCAAGCUCCCUCUGCAGAUAGACGUGUCGGACACUGAGCUGAGCCAGGUCAAAGGCUGGAGGGUACCCAUCAUCACUAACAAGAGGCCUACCAGAGACAGCGAAGAUGAUGAGGAUGAUGAGAGAAAGGGCAAAGGCUGCACCCUACAGUACCAGUACGCCUUGGUGCGGGUCCUCACUCAUUUUGUCGCAGAACCCUCUGAUCCCGGAGGUGAGAUGGUGUACAUGUUGGGUGCGGACUGGCAAGCUGAUAUUACUCAUUUGGUCUUCGAUCAGCUAAAGGUAGAAGAUCCUCGCAUUGCCAGAUUGGUAGAUGGAAGAAUCUUGAUCGGGAGGGAUCUGGGAAUUUCCACUAUACAGGUUAUUUCCCCACUGUCUGAUUCUAUCCUGGCAGAGAAGACGGUGACUGUGUUGGAUGACAAGGUGACCAUCACUGACCUGGGUGUCCAGCUGGUCUCAUCUCUGUCCAUCAGUAUGACAGCAAGUCCUGGAAAUUACCAGGCUAUACAGCUUACAACUACAGCAACAGACCUGCUACACACACCUAAACAGGAAGCAGCGAUCAGUUCCUGGAUCCAGUACAGUGACGGUUCAGUGACUCCUCUUGACGUCUAUGACCCCAAAGACUUUCUUCUCUCGGCUGUGUCAUUGGAUGAGAGUAUCAUCUCGAUAACCAAUCAGGAACAACACUGGCCUAUUGUGGUGGCAGAGGGCGAGGGACAGGGAACCCUGGUUCGUGUAGAGAUGGUCAUCUCUGAGACCUGUCAGAAGUCCAAAAGAAAGAGUGUGCUGGCAUCUGGAGUUGGCAAUGUGGUAGUGAAGUUUGGAGCAAAAAGUGAAGAAAGGGGUGUGAUGGGUAAAGGUGGACAGGACGACGGAGCAGGGACCGACAACAGCACCAGUGAGCACCAAGCAAAGGAUGGAGGAGAGUGGAAGUCAAACAGUGCAGCUGUGGAUCGAGAGGAAGGAGCAAUGAGGAAGGUUAGCACAACCACCAAGAGCACAGUAACUCACCGUGCUUCAGGUGGUAAAGCUGCCAGUGGAGGCAGCAGCAGCAGCCGGGGUGGGGGUCCCAGCCAAGCCGGGGACUACAGUAGCUACCCAGCACAGGUGGAGGUACCAGGCACUGUAGAUAGUGAGCUGACUCAGACAACGAGAGGACUGUCGGACCUAGAGAUUGGAAUGUAUGCGCUUCUGGGUGUAUUCUGUCUGGCAAUACUGGUCUUCCUCAUCAACUGUGUCAGCUUUGCAUUCAGAUACCGUCACAAGCAGGUCCCUGUGCUGGAGGCGGGAGACAACAUGAACCACGCCCAUGACUGGGUGUGGCUUGGCAACGAGGCUGACCUUUUAGCUGACCACUCUGACCAAUGCCAGGGCGGGCUGCAUGACGAGUGCACAACUAUCAUUGACCGGAAUGAGGGAGGAUACGAGGAGAACAAAUACCUCCUUAACGGGGCUGGCAACACCUUGAUGAUGGGCGUGGGCACAGGCAUGGGAACCAUUAGUGGAAGCGGUGGCACAGGGGGACAUCGUGGCAUCGCCCAUGGACAAACCCUCCCCAGAUCUGUUGCAGAACCACAUCAGUGCCUUUCUGCAAUCCCUACUAGUGGAAAAAAUUCCACUUGCCAAGGGGAGCAUCUGAAUAAUUCCCCCCGAGCCACGGCUGCAGCUGCGGUUGCAGCUGCCAAACGCAAACGCGUCCAGUUCACGUCUUUUGCCACCGUUCUGCCAAAUGAUAAUUUGGGUGGGGGUGGCCCAUACUCCAACUCUUCAGUCAUGUUGACCAAUGGUAGUGAAGAUGACAUAAAGUGGGUGUGCCAGGAUAUGGACCUGGGUCAGUCUGAAAUCAGAACCUACAUGGAGAGGCUACAAGACAAUCUGUGACUGAUGGGAAAGGGACUGAGAAAUGAAGGGGCACAGGAUGAGUGCAGAAGGCAGAGUAUGGACAAUGAGUACAAUUCACCUGUAAUGCCUUUGCAAUGGAUGAAGGGAGGGACAAAGGGAGGAAUAUGAGAACAGUAAAUGAAACUCGAAGAGUUGCCAAGGGUUGAGUAGAUUAUUGAACGAACAGUGUAAGGGAUGCAUACUUUUAUCUCCCCUUAGGCUAUGGAAAGCAUACUGUCAUAACUUGCUUAAACUGACAUCAAUGGUAGCGAACAAUAAUAAACCUUACGAUUUAAUUUAUACUCUAUUAUUUAUUGUGAAAAAUAUUAGUGUACAAAUCAAUAAUAAAGUUACCAUUGGUUAUGAGUGUUUAUUUCCAGAAUACCAGUAAACCAUUGUGCUAUACAGUAAAUUCAGGGUAUGUUAUUGGACCAUCAUUAUCAUGCCACUAUACAUUUAGAACAAGGAUGGUAAGAAUAUCAUUUCUGGAGUAUUUGUAAUCACAUGCAUUGCCAGCAUUGACUGUGGCUUUUGAUUUAUCAUUUAUAGAUCUAGUUUGAAUAAUUAACUACCAAGUUUGCUAAUAAUGAUUAGGAUUAUUGAAGAAAAGAGAUACUUCCUGUUUGUUUUGGUUCUAUUACAUGACCCAUUUACUUUUGGCAUUGCUCAUAAAUGAAAUGUAUCAUAUAAAAAUAUAUAUAUUCCAAGUACUCAACCAUAACUACGGACACCUGUGGGGGCUGCCGUUCAGCAUUGAAUACAGGCCAUCAUGCUCUUUCCUCAAACAACAGAAUGUUUCAAGAGUUGGAUGAUGAUACGAAAUACAAAAGACUGUUUCUCCCUUGGAUCCAAGACAGAGGCAUUUAAACCUGCACAAUAACAAACAGGAAAGGACAUUAGCCAUAUUUCAGGCGGACUUCCUGUUUCAUGAAACCUUCCAGCCAAUGAUGGUUUUCUCCCUGUGUUCACAACCAAUCGCAUCAUCCCCAGGCACCUCCCCUUGUCUUUGACCGGACAGCAGUAGAAACUUUUUGAACUGCAAUAUACAGUGAAAUACUCUGUAAACUAAAGGGGGACUGACUGAGAUGUCUCAUACAAAAAAGAGGCUGCUUGGGCUUGCAAAGCCUGAGAACUCUUAAUAAUGAUGAGCAUUUAAAACAGAAACCAGGAUUGCUACAAGAUAAACCCUGUCCCUACAUGGAGCUAACAGGAUAUAAUGAAUAACAUUACAAUACAAAGUGACACAAACAGUCACAUUGAUAUUGGUUCAUAAAACAUGAUUGUUUUGUUCAAUAUAAUUAUGUAUUUUUUUCCUAUUUUUCCUUUUUGAUAAAUAGUUUUUAUUAUCUUUUUCCAUCAAUUUGGAAGAUAUUAAUUGUAGCUUUUUAUUUCCAAGAUUUAUUACGAUUUUAAGGAUAUAUGAUUAUUUUUUCUCCUAAAUAUCUAUUUAUUUAAAUUAAAAUUUGAGAGGGUGAGGAGGGCAAAAAAAGCCCAAGGGCAAAUAUUCAACAGAUCUGCUGGUGAAUGAUAGCACAUUAAAAGAACAAGUGAUAGGAAGGAGACAGAACAGGCAGAGGUUGCCUCACCUUCGUUAAGCUCAGGUGACGAGUCAUAAAGAACUGACAAUGAAAAAAGGAGAACUGUAAGAUUAUUAAGAUUGCAAUAUUUAUUUAUAAAUGUGUUACUGUUUUAAAGUACACUGUAUGUUGUAGAUAAAUAAACAUGCUUCAAAGUGUUCUUGUGAAUAAGAUUGCAGAUCACUAGCCAACAACAUGGUGAUAUUUUGUACAUUUUACAGUGCAAAUAUGGUCCACAAAACUAUCUACCACCACAAUGUGAAAGUAAUAUUAUUGGUUCUUUUUCUAAUAAUGUUCCUGUCUUUGUUUAAAAUAUUGAAUGAGGUCUUGUUUGUGUACAGGAAUCCGUUUACCUCUGUAUUGAGAUGUAAAAAUGGAAGCAGAUCGUGCAACAAGCCUGAAAUUGCUUGAGGGUAUUGUGUCCAAGAGAUCCAUUUUAGAAAGAAAAACCUAACCAAAAUGUUAAGAUAUUUCCAUCCAAAACAGUGGCUGAAUCUGGACUACCACAGAUAUAAAUAUGUCUUUUUUCAAUAAUUUGUUUAACAAGGUAGAUAAUAAAAAUGCACAUAAAGUCACACAAAUAAUAAAGGACACAGCAAUCAAAGGACGGAGAUCUUGAAUAGCCAGAUACAGUAAGGAGCUGACUCCAAAUGGGGGAACUACGUUGGCUGCACAGCCUUCACCAAAGCAAUAGAUAUUUUGACUAAUGAUGGCAACUAUACUGUAUGUUCCAGAAAUUACUGUAUCUUGCCUACUCUAAUGUAGCCACAAAACUGCUGUGAUUGAGAGGAUAAGUCAAACAGAAACAACGUUGAUAGUCGCUGAUGGUAGAUGUGUAGCAAUGCUUUCAAUAAAAGAACCUUUUGACUCUU